CCAUUCGAGGCCCACAGAGUGAGGAGGAGUCGAGGAGCAGGAGGCUAGGGUUUAAGGUGCACGGCGAUGGCGACGGCGGCGAAGACCCUAGCGCGGGCUGGAUCCUCCCUCUUCGGCCGCAUUCUCGCGUCCCCUUCCAUAAUCCGCCCCGGGCUGCCGCUCGCCGGGCUGCGGCCGCACUUCCCACCGCCGGCACCGGCCGGGUUGGACGCUUACGAGGCGGAGACCGUCGCCAGGCUGAGCUCGCUCCCCGGCGAGAUCUCCUUCCCCUGCGGCCUCCCCUCGCUCCGCUUCUUCAUCGACGACGUUGAGGAUCCUGUUGCUAAUGACCCUCUCCAGUUGCUUCCGAAAAGAACUUACCAGCCCAGUACCAUCAAGCGGAAAAGAACCCAUGGAUUCCUUACACGUAAAUCGACCAAGGGUGGGCGCAAGGUGAUUGCCCGGAGAAUCGCAAAAGGCAGGCACAGAAUUUCAGUUUAGCAAGAUCCCAUAGCAGCACUGGAUGUUUUCUGUACUACUACAGAUUCGUAUCGUGUUCCUUGUGUGAACGACGUAUUUUAAGCCUUUUGAAGUUUUUGCAUGCCA